UCUUAAAUCUUAAAGUAAGAAAAACAUAAACAUCUUGGUGAAAGAAAAGCGAGCGAAGAGAGAACGAGCAAAACAAAAUACUUCCUACAAUGGCGGAUAAACAAGGAUCUUCUUCGCGCUCUUCUUCCGCCGACAAGAAGCGAAAACGAGUUGCAGACUCCGAUUUCAAUUCGCAAAUCGACAAUGUCGACUCAUUUAACGACGAAGAAAUUCUCUCUCUAGAGAAGAGUCUUACUUUUAGCGAUACGUUAGUUGCUCUUCGGAUGAUGCGUGCUCAAUUUCCAAAGCUUGAGAAGGUUUCAGUCAAACCCUUCAUCUUACGUUCACAACUAUAUAGCAGCAUAAAGGAUAGAACUCAGGUUGACCGUGAAUUAGAGGUGUUGAAGAGGGAUAAAGUCUUGCGGGUUUUCAAAUUAACUACAGGGCAAGAUGAUCAUGCAGUGAUGUUUCUUGAAGACUAUAUACAUCAGAUAGAUACUGUUUCGAAGAAGAUAGAGACUAGGAAGGAAGGCGAUUUUGCUGUGUUUGGUUGGUUCAAGUCUCAUGUUAUCAUGUCAAAGUUAGAGCCAAGCGUUGCACAUGAAGAGCUUUUUGCGCUUGUCUUAUUGCAGUGUUCCUUAUUAUCAGCAGGAGGAAAAGUGAAGGAUGAACAAAUCUCUCUCUUGGUCAAUGCAGGCAUUCUUACUCGACAACUUAUUGAUCCAAACAUCUACUGGUUUGCUAUUCCAAAUAUUGGUUCAAUACUCAAGGGAAUCUCUCAGGGAAGAAAGGAGUUACUCUCUUUCCUGAAUCGUAGGAAAUUCAAGGAGAUGAUGCUAUCUUCAUUAGAGAAAAAGCGCCUUCGAUUUUCUUCCCUUGAUAUGAGAUUUCAUCUUCGUGAUCUGAUUGGCUCAGGUCACCUGCAAACUUUUCAGUCACCUACAGGCAUUGUUGUUAGAGUUUUGAAGGACUAGAAUCUUGACAAGUUCACCUUUCCUCUGUAUGUUUCCUGUAAGACAACUGGAUGUGGUUGGCCCGGAAGCCACACUUCUAUAAUGAAAGCAAAGACGAGGUUUAGGCGAUCCAUUGGACCGUAAUGAUUAUUUACAGAAGGUGGCUGCGUCUUUGACUAAGCUUUUAACACCUGUACGUGGCUAUUGGCUCAAAUGUUACUGAACAGUAAGUUGGCCCUUUAAUAUUAUGUCCAUAUCUAUAUGCAUGGAAGCAAGCAUUCCUUGGGUGGCAUUGAUGACUGCUUGACCUUUCAGUUCAGACAACCUUUUGAGAACUUACGUUUGGAAACAGAGGUUAGGAUAUUACCCCUUGAAGAAGUCUGACAAAUCCAUGUACCUUGUGAUGCGUCGAUGAUUCAACAACCCUUCUACCCUACUACAUCCUCAAAACUCAUUUGGUUAUACACUCAUUCACUCAUACUUCCUCCCCUUGUUAGCUGUUGUAUCAUAUUAACUUUUAACACUAUUUACAUUUUUUCCUUUGAUCCUAUUGUAAGGAAAUACAUAGUGCAGGUAAGAAAAAAACAUCAUGUGAGAUCUUGUUAGUUUCGUCUUAAUAUAUAUACUCAUAUAAUCAACUUUUAAAUUUAAUGCUCAAAGUUGCUUGUUGACAAACGCAUGAAGUUCUUUGGGUACAAGUUUUAAGAGACAGAUGAGGUAAUAUACAUGAUUUUUUUUUCUUGUGCAUACUUCAGUUACUUUUUGUUUGGUUAGUCUUUUUUUGAAAAAUUUGUGUAAUGAAAAUUUUCGUACCAAUUUUUUUUGAAUAUGAGGGUUAUAUCUUUUUUAAUUUUCGUAUUUUAAUGAGUCAUGAAUGAUUGGAAGCUUGUAGGGUUUAGUUACUUAUGAAGGUUAGUUAAUUGCCUUGCUUCAUACUCUCUCAUAAGUAGAGAUGUCAAUUCCAUAAAAGGUUGGUUUUCCACCCGUUAAAGUAGAUUUCAUAAUCCUAAAGCAAGACAUGAUUAUUUUUUGUUUCUCUAUAUUAAACAAUAUCAAAAACUUAGGUGUAUAGCAGCAGCUAAGAGAUGAUGCGUGUAGUCGUGUCAAUUACGGAUAUUUGGAAUCUAUAACCUAAAUUAUCAAAUGAUAAAGACUUUUUUUUUUUUGAGGAAAAAUUGAUAGAGACUGAUUUUAACUAUAUACAAAUAUAUAUUACUCUAUGCGCUGUUGCUAUUUUGCAAGUUAAAUCUACAUCAAUGUCAUUAUAAAACUUAUUGUUCUUUGUUGCUUUGUUAGUUAGGAAAGUAACUAACAUUCCAAGGUUGCUGUCGAUUAUGGGAUAAGGUUUUGGACCUGUGAAAGUUUCAAGUUACCAGUCUCUGUGUUAAUCUUUUUUCACUAAGGUUUCGUUUGGUAGGAUGUAAAACAUUUUCAGUGUAAAAUAAUUUUUCAUGGAAAACAAUUUACAAUGUAAAACACAAUUCCAAAAUUAGUUUUCCGUUGUUUGGUUCCAUGUAAGAAAAAUGAUGGAGUGAAAGGAAAAUGAAAGGGAAAGUAAGAAGGUAGUGAGAGUGUACAAAAGAGAUAAGGAAAAUGAUUUUCCCUUCAUUUCGAAGGGAAAAUGGUUUUCCAUCAUUGUGAAAGUAAUUUUACCCCAAGAAAAAACGAUUUUACACUCUUUUGCUAACCAAACAAUGUAAAACAGAAAAUAGAGGAAAACAAUUCUCCAAAAAAACGUUUUACGCCCUACCAAACAGAGCCUUAAAGGCAGACUCUUGUCAAAGGAGAGUCUUACCAAUAUAAUCGACAAGCAGGAGUAAAUCAAUUGCUAAUUAUGCUAAUUUUGUGCACAAAUUUUGAAAUAAAUGAUCAAGAUGUAGAUAUAUACCUUCUUAAAGAUUAUUAAAUUCAAAUUAAUUUUUUUCAUGACUAUCGUUGUACUACUCGGUUUAUGAUAGUUAGCAGUCAAUGGAAAUGUUAAGUGUGGAUGAUUAACAUUUCCUUCAUGGGUUGUUUUGUUUGUUUAGUGAGAAUAGAGGCUGGAUUAUUCCAUGUUCUUUUAGAUUUAUUUUCAGUUCAAUGAGAAUCAAUCUGGUUUUUAUAUUCCCUUGUUCGAUUUGGUGGGAUUAAGAUUUCUAGGGGCCUUGGAAUUUGGAUUGUAGCCUCUAUAGCCUCUAUUUCCAUGAAAAUAAGGAGGGAGGGGGACAUGCCCUAAUUAUAGGAUUGGCAAAAAUGUUGGAACUUUGAAUGAUAAACACUAUUGGAGAAAGGGAGAAUGUCGUAAGCCCUUUAUUUUUUUAAUACCUUUUUCUAGUACUUUGGAAUUUAGAUUGAAUCUCUAGUAGAAUUUUGUUUCGAUGCUAGGCUAAAUAGUAAAGGAUCAUAAAAUAUGUGUACCAACGUCUUUAUUAAUAGUUGUAGUUACUUAGUAUUAGGAAUGUUUUGAAUCGAUAUCCAUAAUAAUUUCUAACUCAAUGGUACGGAAAUUUUAAAUUUUGUAUUGGGCGUAUGAAGUGUGUAAUUAAUUUGUUAUUCUUGCUGUACCAAAAUGUUAUUUUAGUGUAUUGAUUAUAACUUCCAAAUCAUAAAAAGUUAAUAGUUUAGAGUUGAUACAAUCUCCACAUAUAUACAUUCCACCAACCAACACCAAGAAAGGUAUAACCACUAACAAGUGGCUUUCGUUUUGAAAACUAAACACAUUAAACACUAACACAUUACAAAAAUAUCAAGUCAUCUUGUUGGUACUAAGAAGUAUUCAUAUACUCCCUCCGUUCUAAAAUAUAAUUCUCAUUUUUCUUUUUUUCACAGUAAUUUAUGCAAGUAGAAUUUAAGAGGGAUAGUAAAGAUUUUUUGUUUAUUUAAAUAAAUAUUGUAUGGGAAAAAAAUGAUUUUUAGGAGAGAGAAUGGAGAAUAAUUGGUGAAAGAGUAUUAAUUGUAAUAUUUUGGUUGAAUAAACAAAGAAAAAAUCAAAAUUCAAGAAACAAAUAAAUGAUGGGACACGAUUUUUCUAAACAAAUUACCGAAAAAAGUGGAACUAAAUAUGAAAACGAGAAUUGUAUUUUGUGACACCCAAAAUGGAAAUGAGAAUUAUAUAUUGGGAUGGAGGGAGUAGUACUUAUGGUUUGUGAAAAUGGUACAAGAAAAUUUUCUAAUAAACACUUCUGCUUAUAAGGUUAACUUGGAUAUCAUACAAGUUCAAUUCUCCUAGGACACUUGGCCUUUGGCUGAGCCGGCCUGAAUCACGGCACAAUCUAACAUAG